GGGAAUUGCGCUAGACGCUUGCCGGGCCGACCCACUGUGCGCUUGCACGCGACUGAGUUUCGGAGGCCAAAUUGUGACACCGACACUGUUUAAUUGUAUACACGAUGCUAAAGUCUGCUGCGGGAACGCAGCUGCAGCGGCAGCGAGUGACUAGCUCGACCCGGCCAGUGCUUCGCCUGCGUGCAGCACGCCCGGUCAGGGGCCUAGGCCGCUUGACGCCCGUCGCCAGCACAGCAAUUGCACUACCAUCCCAAAGCAGCAAUGGGACAGCUCAGGCUCAGCCUCUGCAGAACCUGGCGGCGCGCAUUGUGUCCAGCGGACGCGAGCUCAUGGCGACCUGCGCCGCUGUGAGCCUGGCAACUGCAGUUUUCCAAGUAGCAGCUAAAUAUGUUAACAAGGCGCGCGAUGCCGUGGCCUCGGCGUUGCCAUCGCCCAGUAACAUCGACGGUGUUCAGCAGGACUGGCGGCAGCAGGUGAAGGAGCUGAAGAAGCACACGCGGGUGCUGGGGUUUGUGCUGCCGCUGGCGAAGGCGUUCGCGGCGGAGUCGCUUACGUCGGUGUACGCGCGCACGUUUGAGCGCGCGGCCUUUGGCUUCGCCAAGAUGUACCUGUUCUGUCUGUUCAUGCGCGUGCUGCUGUCGUGGUUCCCCUCCAUCGACUGGAACUCGCAGCCCUGGGCCUUCCUGCGCCUGAUCACGGAGCCGUACCUGCAGAUCUACCGCGGCAUCCUGCCGCCGCUCUUCGGCCAGCUGGACUUCACGCCACUGUUCGGUUUCCUCAUCCUGCAGGACGUGGUGGAGCUCAUGUCGCCCGUGUACACCCUGGGCCACGCCAAGGACACGUCCAUGUUCUGGACCACCACCGACAUCAUGUGCUACUUUGACGGCCACUAAAGCACGGCGCAGGACACGGCUCGGCUGGGAAGCUGUGGCUCGGCAGCUGUGGCUCGGCAGCGGUGGCUGGGCAGCUGUGACUGGGCAGCUGUGACUGGGCAGCGGCGGCUGGGCAGCUGCAGGUCAUGGUCAAUGGACCCGGUGCCGCUGACUGGGGCCUGGCAUGUGCCAUGGAUCCAUACUUGUGUGGGGCGCGGUGCAGGGUGCGCGUUUUGGGGCGCCCGCGGCCGUUGUGAUGCAUUGCGAAGACUGGAUUGCGGAGGCUGGCGGCACAAUGGUUGUGUACGGAGGUCCGGCCCGCAGGGGAAGUUGGAGCGGACCGGUGGACUUCCAUGGAGAUGCCAUCAACUGUGUGGUCGGUUUGCUGUGGAGAAGCGCCUUGGAGGCGAGGGGUGGAGCAAAGCACUAUUGCCAGGCACAGAUAGGUGGUGUGCAGGAAAUGGAAAUAGAUUUUGAUCAGGACAUUUAGAACCUAGGGGAGCAUUUGGGUAAUACGGAUGCUUCCAAGUCAGGCAGUGGGGGUAUGGCAUCGGCAUGACGAAUGCUGCAAUUGCCCCCUGAUUCAGAUUCUUUCGGACCUUGCGCCGCCUGUGUUUUUGACGGCCUGGGUGUGCCUGGUGCCGUCGCCGCGGAUAGCAAUUUCACUUACAACGUCGUAUGCGUAAUGUGCCAAGUUACAUCACGACUGAGCUGUAAAACGAGCCUGUC